UCCUGUUGGCGUGGAGAAGCCAAGGGGGAGAUCUGCAAUGCUGUGUUGGGGCAAUGCUUCCUUCGGACAGCUAGGCUUGGGUGGUAUUGAUGAGGAGAUUGUGGUUGAGCCGAGGAAAUGUGAGUUUUUUCAUGGGAAGAAGGUGUGUGACGUGGGGUGUGGCCGCAGGCACACAGCUUUCCUGAUUGAAGAUGGGACAGUGUACACCUGUGGCUGCAAUGACUUGGGACAGCUGGGUCAUGAGAAGUCACGAAAGAAACCCGAACAGGUUGUGGCCCUGGAUGCACAGAUCAUAGUGGCAGUGUCAUGUGGAGAGGCCCACACACUUGCACUGAAUGACAAAGGUCAAGUUUUCUCGUGGGGUCUGGGCUCUGAUGGACAGCUGGGCCUUAACAAUUUUGAGGAAUGUGUUCGUGUACCUAGAAACAUCAAGAGUUUGUCAGAUGUACAAAUUGCUCAGGUAGCCUGUGGAUAUUGGCAUUCCCAUGCUCUUUCAAGAGGAGGUCAGGUCUUCUCCUGGGGUCAGAAUCGAUAUGGACAACUGGGGCUGGGAGUAGACGGACAAGGCAUUUCCACACCGCAGAUCAUCCAGUCUUUGCAGGGUAUUCCUUUUGCCCAGAUAUCAGCAGGUGGCGCUCACAGCUUCGCCCUCACACUCUCAGGAGCAGUGUUUGGUUGGGGGCGCAACAAGUUUGGGCAACUGGGCCUCAAUGACAACAAUGAUCGACAUUUCCCAACCCUGCUGAAGUCUCUUAGGUCACAGAGAGUGAUUUACAUCUGCUGUGGAGAAGACCACACAGCAGCACUGACCAAGGAGGGAGGCGUGUUUACAUUUGGUGCAGGAGGUUAUGGCCAACUUGGACAUAACUCAACAAAUCACGAGAUCAACCCUAGGAAAGUAUUUGAGCUCAUGGGAAACGUCGUCACACAGAUUGCAUGUGGAAGGCAGCAUACGUUGGCUUUCAUCCCCACCUCUGGAAAGAUGGACUCGUUUGGGCUUGGAGGAAAUGGGCAGCUUGGCACACGCUCUACUUGCAACAGGAAAAGCCCCGCCCCUGUCAAAGGCUCCUGGGUAACCUCUAAUAGUCCGGAUACAGAUGCAGAGCAAGGCUGUGUCAGGAGGAUCUAUGCUGGAGGAGACCAGAGCUUUGCUCACUAUAGCACUACUGAUAACAACCAGGUUCUGCAUGAUGUGAGGAUACAGGAUCCUCACAGGAAAAUUUGCACCUUGACUCCUGAUCUCAUACAUCGGUGGUUGAACCACACACAAGGAAGACUUCCUCCAGAAAUCUCCAAUGAGAUUGACCUGGUGUUCUCCUCUGCAAGCUGCCUCAAUGGGUCUUUUCUAGCUGUGAGCCAUCCAGAUCACUACAACACCAGCAGUAAAUGUUCAGGGGUGGAUAUGAACAUGGCUCGCCUCCUGUUUCACAGAGUGGUUCAGCAGGAUUACCCAGAAAUAGCUCAACAGAUUGCUGCCAGUUUGGAGAAGAACCUCAUUCCCAGACUAAGUAUCUCUCCUCCAGACAUUGAAGCCUUGAGACUCUACCUCACUCUUCCAGAAUGUCCUCUCUUCAGUGACCCAAACACAUACGUCACCCUCGCCAUCCCCUUUGCUAAAGCACUCAUCAGCCUUAAAGAUGCGCCACUCAAGGUGCUAGGAAACUGGUGGUCUACAUUUGAGCCGCCAAUCUUCCAGCGGCUGGUGGAGUUGUACAAGGAAGUGGUGGUGUACCUGCUUCGGAUGCACAAGGUGGGCAUUCCUCAAACAGAGCAGAGGAUUUUCACCUGCUUCCUGGACACGUCGCUUCGGCUCUUAGAGAUCCUGCAUAUGGUGAGCGAGCGAGCAGGACACAUCAUACAGUAUGAUAAAUUCUACAUUCACGAGCUGGAUGACCUGAUAGACAUCAGAAACGACUACAUCACAUGGUUCCAGCAGCAUAUGUACCCCUUGGGUCACGAUGGUGCAGUCACGCUGUGCAAGUAUCCCUUUGUAUUUGAUGCCCAAGCAAAGACCACACUGCUUCAAACAGAUGCUGUCAUACAGAUGCAGAUGGCAGUGGACCAGGCACAAAGGCAAAACUUCAGCUCCAUGUUCCUGCCAGUGGUGGAGUCUGUCAAUCCCUGUCUCAUCCUCAUCGUACGGAGGGAAAACAUUGUUGGAGAUACCAUGGAAGUCCUCCGAAAAUCCAAGAAUGUGGACUACAAGAAACCACUCAAGGUGAUCUUCGUUGGAGAGGAGGCAGUCGACGCAGGUGGUGUGAGAAAGGAAUUCUUUCUUCUGAUCAUGAGGGAACUGCUAGAUCCCAAAUAUGGGAUGUUUCGUUACUACGAGGAGUCCAGGCUCAUCUGGUUUUCAAAUAAGACUUUUGAAGACAUUGACUUAUUCCACCUGAUUGGCGUGAUCUGUGGUCUGGCCAUCUACAAUCUCACCAUAGUGGAGCUCCACUUCCCGGUGGCCCUUUACAAGAAGCUUUUGAAGAGGAACCCAAAUCUAGAUGACCUGAAAGAGUUAAUGCCAGAUGUGGGAAGGAGUCUGCAGCAGCUGCUGGACUACACAGAAGAUGACAUUGAGGACACGUUCUGCUUGAACUUCACAGUCACAGAAGAAAACUUUGGUGCCACGGAGGUUUUGGAACUUAUCCCUAAUGGUGAGGAUAUCAAUGUUAAUAAAUCCAACAGGCAGGAGUUUGUCAGUGCAUAUGUAGACUACAUCUUCAACAGAUCGGUAGCCCCGCUUUUUGAGUCCUUCUACGCAGGUUUCCACAAGGUGUGUGGUGGAAAAGUUCUGGAGCUGUUCCAGCCAAACGAACUGCAAGCCAUGGUGAUCGGCAACACCAACUAUGACUGGAAGGAACUUGAAAAGAGCACUGAAUACAAAGGAGAAUACUGGGCUGAACAUCCGACCAUCAAGUUCUUUUGGGAGGUGUUCCACGAGCUUCCUUUAGAGAAGAAGAAAGAGUUUCUCUUGUUCCUCACAGGGAGUGACCGCAUACCCAUUUUGGGCAUGAAAAGUCUAAAACUGGUGAUCCAGCCCACUGGCGGAGGGGAGCACUACUUACCUGUGGCUCACACCUGCUUCAACCUGCUGGAUCUGCCUAAGUACACGAGUAUAGAGACGCUCCGUGAAAAGCUUCUCCAGGCGAUAGAUCACAAUCAAGGCUUCAAUCUUGUCUGAUGAUGCACAAAAAACACCAAGAACUCUGCACCCAGACUGUUGAUGGUAAUCACUUGGCCAAAAUGUUUUGCCUCACAGGCUGUUGUCUGCUCUGAACCCUGCACAAUGACUUGAACUCUGUCAUUAGUGUGGAUCAAGAACACUUUGCAGGGAGCCACACCAAGUACAAAAGGCUAAAGGUUUGGAUGUCUGGACUUUAAGGCUAAUCUUGACUUUGAUAUUUCAGCAGUUUUUUUCAUGCCACCAUAGUAUUUGAUGCUUGACUGGUUUCAAAAUGAAUUAACAUUAUUUGAUAUCUAUUGUAGAUAUACUCAUACAUGUUUGGAUAUGAU